AUGGCGGGACUCGCAGCAUCGGUGCGACUGAGCCACAGGGAGGCCUUGCUGGACAAUCAGCUGGAGGAGCUGUUUGCGCAGCGUCCGCACCGGGCUCGAGCGGCUGAGGCUCUGCGGCGAAGCCUGGCAGACCUGCCCUCGAACUCCUCAGGUGGACAGCCGAUCACAGCCUUGAUGACGCGGACGAGCCUGAAGAAGGACGAGGAGAAGCUUGGGAACGAGCUUUGGUCCGACCUGGCACCCAGCUCCGGUUUUCUGAGGCCCUUCUCCGACCCGAACUCAACUUGGACGCCGGUGCUCCGAGCCUGGCAUGGAUUCAAGGCCAAGGGAACGGAGCUGUUCGUCUUAGUUUCGAUAUUCAUCACCGGAGCUGGACUCAGCGAAUUCUUCCCGCUUCUGAACGUCGUCCAGGGCUUCCCUUGGCCGAGCUGGUUUGGUUGGUUCUUCGACCUUCUCUGGUGGCUUUUCCGAAUCGAUGUCAACGGACCCAAGUGGAAGCCACCAGUGAAGGGCGAGAAGAUGGGAGCUGUGUCCUUUCAUAAGUUGGCCGAUGAACGUUGGGAUGUGAAACUUCCCAGCUUCUUCCAAGACUAUGUAACUGGCGAGCGCGUCCCUUCCUGGGAGGACCACUUCCGUCACGCCACGGGUAUCAAGAUCAUUGAUUUCCUGGUCAGCUCCAUGCGCGCCUUCGGCUUCGAGCCGAUCGAGAUGCUCCGUGCCACGGAGCCCCGCUUCGCCUUCGACUCGGAGGGCCUCACGGAACUCGCUUGGCGUGGCUUUCGCCAGUUCGGCCCGACGGACAUCAAGUUUGCGUCGAAUGGCGUUUGGGGCAUCAAGCUGGUGGAGGAUCUCAUGGAGAAGUACGGCACCAAGGGUGAGGUUUUAGGCCCCUUGAUGACCGACUCGGCCUUCUCAGCUCACCUCACUUACGACGGAGAACUCUAUCACAUCGACAUGUCGGCCCUGGAGCCCUACGAGCCCAUCCCCGGCUACGCGCGGCUGGGUGGCCGUGCCGCCUUCAGGGCCGAGAAGGGACGGCUGAAAGCCGUCUUCAUGUCCUACAACGGCAGCAACUACACGGACUUCGAGGAUCCUCACUCGGAUGAGAUGUACUCGAAGUCGAUUCGCUACGGCUGGCGGAUGGCGGAGGCUUCCAUCAUUGCUUCCCUGCUGUCGAUGACGAACCUGAUCCUCCAUGUGAAGGAUCUCCAUCUCGAGCUUUCAGCCAGCUUCCAGGUGAUAACCGUCGAUGCCUUCGCCAAGAAUCCGACGCACCCGAUUCGCCGGAUGCUAGAUCCUUUCAUCAGCCGCAGCGUACAAGCCACCAACGACAACUUCAAGCUUCUUUUUGAGUACAAAGCAGCUGAUUUCAGCUUGGCGCCGCUGCCGACCUCGGAGCAGCUGAAGCUGAUCGAGGAUUUCAUCGAAACCCGUCCUCUGAACUUGGCGGACAUGGACAUGACGCGCUAUGGCACACUUCGUGGGAUGAACGCCAGUGUGUCCUCCAAGGAGGCCGUGGAUGACCCGGACGUUUGGAGCUGGCGGUGGCAUUACCGAGCCCUCACCGUGCAGAAUCUUUACGACGAGCUGCUCCAGUGCUGGCUUGAUGUUCACUUCCCAGGCAGUGCCGAGGAGCAGGACCGGCAGAUACGCGAGGACCCGGAUAUCCAACACUGGUGGUCAGUCAUGGUGAGGCAACUGCGCCCCCUGCGCCGUGCCAUCGGUACAGCCCCGGACUUCGCAACGGCCGCACCGACAAGCCGAGGUCUGCGGCAGACUCUCCGCACGAUCCUGGUCUGGGUGUCGUGGAUUCACGAGGACGUGGGGCACUCUGCGGCAUCCUACGUCUACAACCCCGUGUAUACGCCGAUGUGUGUGCCAGAGGAUGGUUUGGGUGUUCCCGUGAUUUCCUUCGCCUGGAACACGGCGGCCUACCGCGGCUUUGUCUUCCUCGAGAGGGCGACUCUCCUGGAGGACCCUCCGGGCUUCUGGUUCGACUCCGUGGAAUGUCAAGGGCUCUGGUGGUGGCGACAUUGUGCAGCGCCCAGUGGAGACAAGUCCCUGGGCUGCUUCACCCGCUUCCAGGAGAAGUUGCGGAAGCUCGGAGAGGAGGACAAGGCCUUCUCCGAAUGUGAGAAGAACGGCUUCUACAGUUGUGCCGGGCGGGUUGAGACGGCGGUUUCCAGCUGA